AUGGCUCCAAGAUCUCGGAAGCGAAGGCACAAGAAACCCCCUUCAUCAGUGGCUCCCAUGGUUGUGACCCCAUCCACAGUUGUGACCCCUGUGCCUCUGACCCUCUCAAAACCUGACCCUAGCAUUGAUGCGCUUGGCUUCUUCUCCUUGGAAAAUAAUGUUCCUGGCCUAUCUCAGCUAAUCCUUCAAAAGCUAAGCAUGAAAAGCUAUGAAGAAUACAAGUUGGUGCUAGAUGGGGGUGCUUCUGUAUCAGGCUUUGGAUUUCGAUGCCCUCAAGAAAUGUUCCAGAAGAUGGAGGACACAUUCCGAUUCUGUGCUCACUGUAGAGCUCUCCCUAGUGGUCUUUCAGACUCCAAGGUCUUACGGCAGUGCAAAAGGUGCAGAAAUGUCUAUUACUGUGGUCCAGAGUGCCAGAGGUCAGACUGGCCAGCACAUAGGAAGGUUUGUCAAGAGCUGCGUCUUGUAGCUGUGGACCGUCUCAUGGAAUGGCUCCUAGUCACAGGUGCUUUUGUCCUACCUUCAGGGCCUUGGCCAUGCCUGGCUGAAGCUGUACAGGGCUGGGAUACCUGGUUUUCUAUGCGGCAUUUACAGCUAGAUGCUACACUGGAUGCUGUGCUAGGUAGUCAUGCCAUGACCACCCUGUGGGCCAGCGUAGGACGGCCAAGGCCAGACCCAGAUGUCUUGCAGGGCUCUUUGAAGCGGCUGCUGACAGAUGCCCUCUCACGACCCUUGACACUGGGCCUUGGGCUUCGGGCCUUGGGGAUAAAUGUUGGGAAGAUUGGGGGAAGCACAGUGCAUGUGGUUGGUGCUUCCCACGUGGAGACAUUCCUCACUCGCCCUGAGGACUAUGAUGAGCUUGGCUACAUGUUUCCUGGACACCUUGGCCUCCGUGUGAUCAUGGUGGGUAUAGACGUAUCUGCUGGCUUUACACAGAACCCCUCAACUCCCAUCCUGGAACCUGGCACAGUUCAGCUUAGUGGCCAUAGAGGCCUCUAUCAUGACUUCUGGGAGGAGGAGGUAGAGACUGGGCGGAUAGCCCAUCCGGAUUUGGUGGUGACAUUCCAUCCAGGUUUCCAUGCUUCCCCAGACUUAAUGGAGGCUUGGCUGCCCACCCUCUUGCUACUUCGUGAUUAUGAGAUCCCUACAUUGAUCACUGUUUACAGCCAUCAGGAAUUGGCAGCCUCAUUACAGAUUCUGGUGGACUUGGAUACAAACAUCACCGCCUAUGGAGCUAACCCUUUUGCAUCCCUCAAACCUGAACAGGUCUAUUCCAACCCCAACAAGCAGCCAGUAUACUGCAAUGCCUAUUAUAUCAUCUUUCUUGGAAGUUCCUGCCAGUUGGAUAGGAGGCAACUGGAAGAAAAAGUAGAUGGUGGAGUUUAA